AGUCCGCUAGAACUUGAAAGAAAAACACAACUCACUCACUACAUAUUCAUCCUUCACAAUAUUUGCAAAAACUAGUACAGAUAAAGAAGGGCUAUUAUUAUAAACUGACAAAAAAUAUUCAAGAAAGCAAGAAUGAGAGGGAAUGAUAAGAAGAGACUAAUCAGGUUGUUGUGUCCUUCACUAUCAAAGAUGGUACUACCAAUAAUGGUUUGGGAAGACCAAAGAAUUGAUCUUGGAUUCAUUGCACGUGCUUUUGGGAUUGACUCAGUAAGUUUGAAGAUAAAUGGUCAUUUUAUUAGUAGAGGGGUUGAUCUUAUUGCUUCUUCUGUUACAUGGAAGUCUCUUCUUUCUUUCUUUUCUGCUCGUGGUUUGUCUACUGGUGACUCUGACUCUGCUCCCCUCAUUGUUGAAGGAAAGCUCUGUAAAGUUGGUUCCAAAAGAUCACAUAGUCCAACAGAAGUUGAAAAAGGGUUGCUGUGCAAGAAGGAAAUCAUUGAUGAGAGAGAAAGACUUCACGAGAACACCAACUUUAAUAGCAAGAAAUUUAAGGAAAGCGCCAGAGGAGUGGCAUUGAACCUAAAAAGGAAGCUUUGUUUGGAAGGUUCGGAUCUGUUGAAGAGAACGAGAAGAAAUGAAUGUGAUUCAGGUUUAAGAGAGGAACAAGUGGAGUUCCCAAAAGCUGAUAGGCCACUUUUAUGCAGCUUAGCUAGUCAAAAGCGAAAAAGGAUUAGAGAUGAUGAGAUGGCUGUAACAACCCCCUUCAAGAGGAUACGAUAAUUUGACUAAACACAAUGUUAGCAAGUUGUAUAUGAAGGCAACGUUACCAUUGUACUCACCUGUAAAUCCUUGCUAGUGGGUUAAAGUAGUUGAUGACACAAAAUUUUCGUACUGGAAGAGCCUUUCUUGAGUUUGAUUUGACGUAGAUUACGAAUUCUUACA